CACUCACAGUGACAGUCCAUCACCUGGACAUCACCAGCCUCAGCCUGCGCACUCCGAGGCUCGCUCUGCUUCCGCCCCUCCUCAGCCAGCCAUAUCGCUGCCUAGUCUCCAGUCGCCAGUCGGAAUCCUCUUAAAGCCCCCGAGCUGCGUCUCCCAGCCAUUUGCGAUAGGCGAUCUUCCUGCAUCCUGACCGAUCCUAUCGAUUCUUUAUGCGACUACACCCCUCCCCGCAUGAUUGGUGAGGCGGGGUGGAAUCAUUCAGAACAGCGUCAUUGCCGUCGCUCGUGCGAUCAAUAACAACAACACCAUCCGUUCACGCUGUCUGCUUCUGACAACAUCGGUGUAAAGCAACGAUGGCGAUGAACUUCGUUACAUUCAACCAGGACUACAGCUAUUUGGCAGUGGGCACGCCCAAAGGGUUUCGCAUCUUUACGACCGACCCUUUUGCCAAAAGCUAUGAGACCAAAGAAGGAAACAUAGCCAUGCUGGAGAUGCUGUUCUCGACGUCGCUGGUCGCUUUGAUCUUGUCGCCACGGCGUCUCCAGAUUACCAAUACCAAGCGACAAUCCACUAUAUGCGAACUAACAUUUCCAACCACGGUCCUUGCCGUGAAAUUGAAUCGCAAACGACUGGUGAUCGUCCUUGAACACCAGAUCUAUCUGUAUGAUAUCCAGACUAUGAGACUUCUUUCGACCAUUGAAACAUCACCAAAUCAGAGUGCAAUUUGUGCGCUGUCGCCCUCCUCUGAGAACUGUUAUCUUGCCUACCCGCUACCACAAAAAGCUCCGCCUUCAUCAUUUGCUCCUCCUGCGCACGCCCCCCCGGCCAACUCGACUCAUAUAGCUCCUACGACCGGUGAUGUAUUGAUAUUCGACGCCAUCAAGCUAGAAGCUAUUAAUGUUGUAGAGGCUCAUCGAUCCCCUCUUUCAUGUAUUACGUUAAAUGGUGAUGGCACUUUGUUAGCGACUGCUUCGGACAAAGGAACCAUAAUUCGAGUUUUUUCGGUCCCUGAUGGGCACAAGCUUUACCAAUUUCGACGAGGUUCAAUACCCUCCCGAAUAUACAGCAUGUCGUUCAAUACCAUGUCGACAUUACUAUGUGUUUCAUCGGCAACAGAGACAAUCCAUGUAUUUAAAUUGAGCAAAGAGGGAGGCGCUACAGAUGGGAGCUUACGGUCUUCUCCUUACGACCGACCGCUUAGCCCUACCUCGGGCUACGGAGAAGAAGAACUUGAAGGGUCCGAUUUCGCGUCGAGGAAGCAUAAUGGUACACUCAUUGGCAUGAUCCGUCGCACCUCGCAGAACGUAGGAAACACGUUUGCUGCAACUGUUGGCGGAUAUCUUCCAAAGGGUGUCAGUGAGAUGUGGGAGCCUGCGCGGGACUUUGCAUGGAUCAAAUUGCCAAGGUCUAGUCCAGGCUCCGGUGGUCAUGCUAACUCUGGGCCCGUCAGAAGCGUUGUGGCCAUGAGUAGCAACACACCGCAGGUCAUGGUUGUGACUAGUGAAGGUAAUUUCUAUGUCUUCAACAUCGACCUGUCCAAGGGCGGUGAGGGAACAUUGACAAAACAAUACUCUGUUCUCGAUACCAACGACAAGCUCGGGUCAUCAGGGCUAGACUAUUGAUUACCUACGAUACCCUACAAUUGUAUCUCGUCUAUGUGAUUUUGCAUGUUCAUCAUUAGCGGCGUAUGUAACUGCGGGCAUGUACUCUAGGAGUUUGUGGACGGGAUGAUCGGCGCAGUCUUUAUCCAUCUUCUCUCUCUUUCUCUCUCUCUUUUCUUAUUUCUUGUCUUGCGACAAUGCCUAUAUCCAUCCUGACGAUUCUUUUGUUGUCGCGGAAUUCCCGCCUAAUUUUUAUCGGCUGCGAACUGACAUAUUCCCGUGAAUCUUCUCUAGCCAGUAGCACUCGGCUCUUCUCUAGAUGUAAAAACAAC